GAAAAGUCAUUGUUAAGUAAACCUCAAACUUGAAAAUUUUGUUUAAAUCUCUAUAAAAAACAAGUAAACAAUUUUGAUGUCAAAACUAUGAACAAAAUUAUAGUUUUGUUGCUUAUCAUAGCAUUUAUCAUAUUAUGUAUGCCAUCACUAUAUGAAUCAAAAAAGAGCAUAAAGGAGUGCAAAGGGGGCCGAGAGUUCUGGGGCUGUGAGUCGCCCACUAAAGAGUGUCAGAGAUUAUGCGAAAAUAAACACUUAAGAAGGUCAAAAGCCAAGGCCUGCAAUAAGACAUGUCAUUUAUCAUGUAUUUGUGUGCCGGGCUUUCUAAGGGAGGGCGAGAAUGGCGAGUGUGUCCCGGAGUCCGAGUGCUCUAAUUUCUAAUAAAAAUGUAUUUUUUGGGAC